AUGAAGCCCAAAGGGUUUACUUUGCGGAUGAUUCACAAAGACUCUGAAGAAUCACCCUUUUACAACCCUCUUGAUCGUUUGAUGACACCAGAUGAAAGAUUAGAAACCCUCAUCGACCAAUCCAGAGCUCGAGCACGAUACAUUGCUUCACAAAUAAAUCCUGAUGUUUAUGCGCCGGUGGCUUACGAAGCAGCAACAUUUUACUACGCUGCAUCCGUGGGUAUAGGUACAUUUCCUGGUCGGCCAGGAUUCAUGAAUUACUAUUUAGUGAUUGAUUCAGGUAGUGAUCUUACUUGGCUUCAAUGCCAAGGUGCGACACAAUAUUUCAAUCAAGAACCACCUCUUUAUCCUUGGCAGUAUUCACAAUCAUAUAUUCCAACUCUUUGUAAGGAUCGUAGAUCUGACUGCGAAAAAUGCAAUGAUGAAGGCUACUGUAUUUACAAAGUACCUUAUGUGAGUUCUCAAGUUACAUCUGGUAUUUAUGCCAGAGAAAAUUUCACUUUUGACUCAACAACUAGGGGCCGUGAAACUUUUCAACUAAGAAUGGGCUGUGGUUUCAUCCAAGCAAAUUUUUCCAUGGGUAGAAACAGCCGUAGAAAUCGUAUCGCGGGAAUUCUUGGUUUAGGAAGAGGUCCACUCUCUUUUGUAACCCAAUUAGGUGAGGCUGGAGGUAAAUUUUCCUACUGCUUUGAGAAAGAUGGCCAGGAUAUGACAGGAAACACAUUUUUAAGUAUUGGUGCAGAUGCCACGAUCCCAGGCGAAGUUCGCAGUACUGACAUAAAAGCAUACAGCAGAACGCAUUAUUACUUGAUUCUUGAGGGUAUCAGCGUGGAUGGUAAUAGACUGCUAAUUCCGAGAAACGAAUUUGAGUUCAGAAAUGGAGCUGGCGGUUGUGUCAUAGAUUCGGGGGCUCCAUUUACCACCAUGUAUAAAAACAUUUUUGAUAGAGUUAAACGGUCUGUAGUGGAAUAUUUUCAUCGUGUUUAUCAUAUGCGUCCUGCAGUAUUUGACGGAAGUCACCUUUGUUUCUAUACUAUACCUGGAUAUGAUGAGUAUAGAAAACCCACCAUAACAUUUCAUUUUCAACAUGGUGCAGAUUUUGUUGUUUCAGAGACUUGGUAUAUAUAUCGAGGAAAGAUUUGUUUAGCUAUCAGUAGAUCGGAUUCUAACACGCCAGCUGUGCUUUUUGGAGCAUUUCAACAGACUAAUAAGAGGAUUUUAUAUGAUAAUCGGAAUUCGAGGCUCUCAUUUGCUGAUGAGGACUGCGGAACAAUACCAAGAGGUUGA